AUGACUUCCGUGCAAGCAAUCGGCAUGAUUGUUUUUGUUUGGCUAUACUCCUUACUAGUCUCAGGACUGCGGUUAGCGAGUUGGCCUACUUAGUCAAGCUAUAUGCUUUUCAUCGUCCUUUCUAGCUUCUUCUUGCCCUUGUUUAUAAUGAUCGUCAUGUAUGUAAAGAUUUACCUCGUUGCGCGAAAACAAGUCCUCCUUUUAAGAAGAGUCAGGAGCUAUGCAAGAGAUGUGAAAGUCGCCAAGAAAAUCGCUCUUUUGAUUGGUUUGUUUUUCAUUUGUGGGGGACCAUUUUUCGCCAUCAUUCUUUGCUUUGCUUACGAUCAGUCAUGUCCAGUACCAAGCUCACUGUUUAACGUUAUCAAGUGGAUGGAGUACACAAGCUCAUGUCUGAAUCCAGUUAUUUACACUUUCCUUAAUCGCUGUUAUAGAAGAGCCUUUCGUAAACCUUGCAAGCUUGUACGCAAAGGUCGUCACAAAUCCGAGUCUAAUGCAGGAUCUCAGCUAA